UUGUUAUCUUUCAAUCCUGCCAAAGCUUAGAAAACUGAUUCACAGCUCUAGGGCAAGAGUAGUCCUGUGAUGGAUUUCCAAAACAUUCCUUGGUUUUCUGUUGUGAUUGGCAGUGUGAUUGUGUAUUUCUUGUUCAAGACAUUAGGGAAGGAUAAUUCCCAGCCUUGCCUUCCUCCUGGACCUCCACCUUUGCCAUUACUAGGAAAUCUCCUUCAAUUGGGUGGAGGAAAGGCCACUGAAGUUCUGCUGGCACUUUCUCAGCAAUAUGGCCCUCUUAUGACUCUCCGUCUAGGACUGAAAACUGUAAUGGUAGUCACUUCUCCUGCCAUGGCCAAAGAGGUUCUCAAAACCCAAGAUCACAAUCUUGCUGGGAGAUGGGUUUUACAAGCAGCCAAAACCCUUGAUCAGCACAAGUCAUCAAUAGGCUGGGCUCACUAUGGUCCUCACUGGAAAAAGCUAAGGCGUAUUUCCAGCACUGAGCUCAUGACUUUCAAGAGACUCCAAUCUCUGCAGCAUCUAAGAAAAGAGGAGAUUUUCCGAACCAUUCGACUAAUUUUUGAGGAGAGAGGAAAGAGUGUGAAUAUUGCACAUACAGUGUUCUACACUGGUCUCAAUCUGUUGGGCAACAUGAUCUUCAGUACAAGCGUGUUUGAUCCCAAAAAUCCAGAUUCUGUGGAGUUCAAGGAUGCUUUUUCACUGUCAAUGAAGUUGGCGGGAACACCAAAUGUUGCAGAUUUUUUCCCAUUUCUUGCGUUUCUGGAUCCUCAGCGUCUCUGUCGACAGAUGGCCAUAAAUUUUAGAAAAGUUCACAAGUUUCUAGACGUAUACAUACAGGACCGGCUGGCCAAGAGAAGCAAAAGCAUUGGCAAGGAGAAAGCAGAAGACAAGGAUUUCUUGGAUGUUCUGCUGGAUUUCAGUGGCCUUGAUUUGACUGUCACAAAUAUCAGAGCUCUAAUUUUUGAAUUGUUCAUGGCUGGUAGUGAUACCACUGCUACGACAAUAGAAUGGGCAAUGGCAGAACUCAUCCGCAAUCCACACACAAUGCAAAGAGUCCAACAAGAACUGGAAGAGGUAGUUGGUAGUAACAGAAGAGUAGAAGAAAGUGACAUAGAUCAAUUGCCUUAUCUUCAUGCAGUAGUGAAAGAAGUUUUCCGUUUGCACCCACCCAUUCCACUGCUGGUUCCACACAAGGCAGAAAACUCUUGCGAGGUAGCAGGGUACACAAUACCCAAAGACAGCCAGAUCAUUGUAAAUGUGUGGGCAAUCGGAAGGGAUCCUUCAAUCUGGAAAGAGCCCAUCAAAUUUAUGCCAGAGAGAUUUCUUGAGGGGGAGAUGAGUAAGACGGAAUACAAAGGACAGGAUUUUGAGCUGUUGCCUUUUGGAUCGGGAAGAAGAAUAUGCAUGGGACUGCCUUUGGCUCAUCGGAUGGUUCAUCUGGUUUUGGCCUCACUCGCUCAGUCUUUUCAGUGGAGACUGCCUGAUGGAAUGCCGGGGGAGAAUCUGGACAUGAGUGAGGAACUUGGAUCUGCAUUAAAGAAGGCCAUAGACCUGCAUGCUAUUCACACACCACGCCUGCCCCACCAUUUGUAUUAGGACCAGCUAAGUAGUUGUUGUUUUCCUCCUUAGUAUAGGUACUUUGCCUGCACAGAACUCUUUCUUACGUAGAAAGCUAGUUUUUGCUACCUGUCCA